AUGACGGCUAAAUCUGGUUUGGUACUGGGAGGACAGAGGAGAAAUCUUAGUAAGCCAAGUUCUGGAGUAUUAGCAAGAGCUUAUGUGAUGAAAGCUAAGAGGGAUGUUUGGUUUGGUACUGGGAGGACAGAUGAGAAAUCUUAUGAUCACCAGAAAAAUGAUUAUUCAGGUGCAGAUGCUUAUUUGGCUUAUAUCAUGUAUUCAUCUAAAUCAGGAAAAGAGGUUAGCCAAGUUCAAGUAGUAAGAGAAUUUGCAGAUGUGUUUCCUGGGGAAUUUCCUAGAAUGCCUCGUGAAAGAGUGGAGGAGUUUUUGAUUGAACUGGAUUCUGUUACAACACCUAUUUCUUAUACUCUAUAUAGGAUGGCACCAUUAGAGCUUAACGAGUUAAAAGAGCGGUUAAAAGAUCUUUUAAAUAAGGGAUUUAUUAGACCAAGUAUGUCAUUGUGGGAUGCACCAAUUCUAUUUGUAAAGAAGAAAGAUGAAACUAUGCGCCUAUGUAUAGAUUACUACUAA